CUCUUGCUGUAAAAAAAGAAAAAACCUAAAACUACUCUCCUCUCAUGAAUUCUACUUACCAAGCACCUACCCCCGGAUCCAAAAUUAUUAUUGUAGGCGGAGGAUGUUUUGGUCUAUCCACUGCUUUGGCUCUCUCCUCCGCUAAUAAAAACUAUCGUAUCACUGUUUAUGAUCGAGAAUCUAUUCCUGUACGUGAUGCUGCAUCCAAUGAUAUCAGCAAGGUAGUAAGAAUGGAUUAUGGUAGUAGUAAGUUAAAUAUGCAGUUAGCUAUUGACUCCAUUGACAUCUGGAACCAAUGGAACCAAGAGAGUUCUAUCCCCGUCUAUCAUAAUACCGGCAUGUUGAUCUUUUCGGGAGGUGCCACACUAUGUGAAAAUGAACAACAAAGUCUCUUCCAUAUCAGAAAUGCCGGUCAUGGCGAUUGGAUUGAGGAAUUAAAUGGUGACCAAAUUCAAAAACGUUAUCCCUAUCUGGAAAAUGCUGUGCGCAGUGGGCUCUCUAGUGGUUAUUAUAACAAAGUGGGAGGUUGGUGUAAUUCUGCAGAGGCAAUCAAAUUGGUAUAUCAAAAGUGUAAAAACAAUGGUGUUCAAUUUAUCUUGGGUAAAGAAUCCGGUCAUUUUGAAAGUCUCCUCUGUAAGGAAAGAUCCGUGAUUGGCAUCAAGACAAAAGAUGGCGUAUCUCAUCAAGCAGAUCGUGUCAUCAUGGCAACAGGCUCAUGGACUCCCAGUGUUAUCGAUAUGAAGAAACAAGUCAUUGCCACCGGUCAAGUCGUCAUCCAUUUCAGACCCUCUGAAAAAAUCAAGGCCUUUUUAAAGGACAUGCCCGUUUGGUUUGGUGACUUUUCAAGAUCUGGUUUUUAUGGAUUUCCAAUCAACAAGGAUGGUAUUAUGAAAGUAGCGAAACACUCCACAGGCUAUUUGAACCCAAGAAAGGGCGAUCGUGUUUCCGUACCCCGUACACAAAGUACGCAUGAAGGCGAUACGAUUCCUGUGCGAGCUGUGCAAGAUUUUAGAGAAUACCUAAAAGUUUUUUUACCUGUUACCGAGGAGCUGGAUAUCACCUAUGCAAGAGUAUGCUGGUAUGCGGACUCUAUUGAUGGCGAAUUUAUUAUUGCUCCCCAUCCGGAUUAUGACAAUCUCGUUGUUGCUACCGGUGAUUCCGGUCAUGCCAUGAAAUUUCUUCCCAUGAUUGGCACACGUAUUGCUCAAGUCGUUGAAAACAUUGAUAAUGAAUACACAAGAGCCUGGGCAUGGCGUACCGUUGAACCUCGUGCAGGAUUCUAUGAUCGUCCACUACUAGUCGAUGAGAAUCAAACUGUUCGAAUGGUCACUCCCUCUGAAUUAAGAUCCUCUAAACUUUAAAAUAAAAUUUUAUUUAUUUAUU